CGGGGCCCCAGCUCCUUCCUCCAAUCUCCGCGGAUUCCCAUCAGCUUGAUUACGUCGCCUGUGCGCGCGCGCGGGAUCGUGUAGCGGGUUCCGGCGAGCUCGAAGCCUGGAAAUGCCUGUUCCGCGCGUGCGUGCGCAGGAGCGCUCGUUGGGGGUGCUCCGAUAGUGCGAUGACGGAUGGCCUCGUAAGGGGAUCUCGGUUUGGCCGAGGGUUUAUGCGCGUGGACGCGUGGUGGUGUUGCAUAGGCGCGGGAUGCGUUUCUUCCGUGUCUCGUUUUGAAGGUUUGGUUUGUUAAGGGAAGGGGAGGAAUAGGUAGGCGUUUGCGCAUGCGUGCUGAGAGUGAGAGGAAUUUUAAUUGCUGAAGUGUGAGCCGUGUGGUGCCUGUGUUUCGUUGUGUAAGAGGCCGAUAGUUUUUGCAUUUGCGUGUGUUUGCGCGUGACUCGCGGCCAAUCUGCUGAGAUGGUGCAUGCUGAUGCGCGAUGGUGAACUCUUGCUUAUCCUGCUCACAUGUGCUUACUGUGUGAUGAUUUCUCACUCACAACUUAUGUGCUGCUGUUCUAUGUUUGGAUUUCAAAUACGUGAGGAUCUGUUGGAUUGCAACUUCCUAAUAGUUCCUCAGAAGAGAAGAAAAAUGAUCUACAACAUGGAAAGGUGCAACCGUUUGGUUCACUUAGCAUGGAGAAGAAGGCUUUAUUGGCCUCCAACCUGUUAACAAAGGUUGAUGUUGGUACUCUUGAAGAAGUGUGCCACCUUGCCACCAUAGAAUGUACUACUAGCAGUGAAGGAAUGACUGUUCCUACUUCAUCUUCUGAUCAGGAUAUGUCUUUGGGAGAUGCAUUACAGCCAUAUAAGAAAUUGAAGUUGCAUGCUGAGAAAUUAACUGGUCAGGAUGCACCUAUGGUUGGGUUUCAUGCGAUGAAGAGGGCUAAUUCUACAAUUGAAGACUUUUGCAGGUCAUACUUCAUGUUUCAUGAUUUAGAUGUCAACAAAGUACAAUCUAUUUUCAAGUUUCUUCCUGUUCUUUGUUUCACUGAGAGCUACAUAUACCAGUUAGAUGAUUUAAAUGAAGAUAAUUUGCAUAUGGUCCCAGGCAACUGUGCUUCCUCAACUGUUUUUGAAAGGGAAAAAAGAUCUUCCAGCGAAACAUCCUUGACUGGCAUGCUCUAUGCCCUUGAUGAUCUUCUUCAACGCCAGGGGCUAAUGACAGAUCAAUUGCGAAAUGAACUAAAAUCUGGCAUUCAGUAUUGGUCUCUAGAGAGAAAGCUUUGCCAAGCAUUAUCACGAAAUGAAAAGAUAUCAAUUGAAGAUGUGAUGGAAGCAAUCCAUCUGAAAUCGUUUGAUUACCGGGUUCUUAAUCUGUUGAUGUAUCGUCUAACUGGUCAGCAGGUCAAAGAAGUGCAUAUGGAGUUCCUGUCAGUUUCAGAGUUUUUAGUGGAGAUAUCUGAUGAUCUGUAUGAUUAUGAGGAUGAUGUGAUGAACAAUACUUUUAACAUCCUCCGUAUGUUUGCUGCAAUAUAUGGACGUUCAGAGGCACCAAAGAUGUUGGCCAAGUGCAUAGGUGAAGCUGAGGACAAAUAUGAGAGAUUGUCUAAGAAAUUGGAUCCCACCCUCUCAGGGACUUAUUGGAGAAGAUGUGAGGAAGCUACAAAGGAAGGUGGAAAAAUGUCAGGCCAUGCAUAUGGCACAUGGAAUAUCCCUCCUUUGAUAAGAGAUGAAGAAAUUUUCCGCCUUGAAAGAUCAAACAAACAAGAUGCCUCUGCUAUAACCAUCACAUGACAUUCAAUCCUCUCAGCAUAUACAUAUAAAAGCACAAAAUAUAUUGCUAGAUCACAUGGAAAACGGCGGGCUAAUCAGCUUUCUGGUUUAAUCCUAAAUGAUGUGCUAAAUCUGGGAAGGUUAGACCUUGUUACCUCAUUUAGCUGGAUGAUACGGGUUUCUAUUGAGCCGUGGAUAAGAUUUUUUGCGCUCAUUGGUUUUCUCCAGUUUACCACUAAUCUCACACACUAAUCUCGAGAACGGAAGACGUUAGUAGUAAGUAAAUGCUUCCGUGCUUCGACUCUUGAUGCCAAUCUAAUCCGCUAAUACAUCGUUGUACCAAACAUUUAUUAUCGUGCACAAUCUCGUCUUGUUGGUACUUCGCUAGCGACCAUUGAUUAGAUAAUUACUGUAUGCUCCACGAGGUGCCCAUGAUUGAGAUGGGCCGACGGCCGACGCUGCACAGCUGAAACCUGCCAUAGCUAUUCUCGCGGGCUCCAGUUUAUUCAUCCCGGCACGUGCCUGAGCUUGAGCGCAGCUGAUUGAAUAAAAAUACGCAACGCGGAU